UAGAGGAUUGGCAGCCUGGGCGCGUGACAGAUCGCGGCUCUGUGAUCACCGGGGAAGCUUCACGGUUCUACAGGACAUGUCAGCCGGACCGGACCGGGACAGCGGCGGCAGCUGGCCCCGGAGAAGAGGCUCUGCAGAUGGGCAACAGGUCCGGGAGGGUCCGGAGAAAUCCAGGGGAUCCAGCAGAGCAGUCCGAGGUUCCUACAGAGACACCAACAGUCUGAAGAGAUCUUUGUCUACGGUUGGUGACAACUUCCCCACAGCUCUGCCUGUUCUCUUGCAGUGUGUUCAGGGUGUGAAGCGGCUUCCUGCAGACGAAUCUGAGCAGGAAGCUCUGAGAGGAAAACUGAGAAAUCUGCAGACUGACAGCAGCGAGGUCACCGCUCUGUUCAUGGAGCUCUCUGCUCAUCUCAUCUCAAUCGACAGUGAAGAAACCUUCUUUUCUGUCACAUUCAAAACACUUGAGGAGAUAUGGAAGUUCACCACCUAUUACUCCAUAGGGUUCCUGGGUCUCUGUCUGGAAAACCUGCUGCUGGAGCAGAGGUCCUGGCUCAGUUCUCUGGAGGACCAUAUCUCUGUGGAGGUUUCAGUUCAGGAGGAGACUCUGAGCCUUAUGUACAGAGGAAUCCUCAUGCAGGAGGGUUCUCUGUUUGCCAGCUGCAGCACCAACCAGAUGUUUGACAGCUCCACCUCUGGAGGAGACCUGUACCUGGAGCAGGGGGACAUAGCCCAGUUUGAGCCCCCAUUCCUGGGCUCGGGCUGGACCGUCCUCUGCCUGUCUGAUGGAUCCAGAGGAACAGCACCAAAUCCUGUUCUGGACCCGGUCAUCCCCUUCCACCAGUGGUUCCUCAAGUCUGCAGCGGAGAACAUCUUAGUGGGUGAUGGGAAACCUGCCUCUGACUUCCCCCUGCUGUUUGCCCGGGGAUCCUGUGAGGUCAUAUCAGAGUAUGUUGCUGAGGGUCCAGAUGAGCUGAGUGUGUCGCCCGGUGAUGGCGUCAUCAUCGUGGGCCUCCUGGUGAAGUGUUUUGAUUGGUUCAUAGGGAGGAAGGAGGCAACAGGUGAAGUUGGUCUGGUGAAGACGAGCCUGGUGAAACCUUCAGAGGGAACUUAUGAGUCAGCAGAUAUUUAUGUAAACGGGGAAGAGAGGACCUUCUUCAGUCUAAGCCAGGAGAAAGUCCUGAAGGACUCCUCAGCCUCUCUGAAGACCAGGUCUCACCAUGAUACUGGACUGAACUACAAACUGGAUACGAUCCGGUUCACAGACUCAGGAAAGGGAACACCAGUCAGCUCCUCAUGCCAUGCUGAGCUCCAGUCUGAACUCAAGAUUAGCAUUCAGAGGAUUCUGGACCCAGCAAGAGACUCAUCAGAGUCCAGAUCUGUGACCAUGAACGGGACUCUGGGGGACUCUGUUGUGGUUUCAGAGGCUGAAAACCUGAGCAUUCCCUGCUUCAGGUCUCACCCUGUUAUUGAAGAAAACAGCAACCCUGAGGACUUUAUCCCCCUCUUUUCUUUCCUGGAGGGGCCAGACUUCAGAGCAGAGUUUGGAGUGCUAUACGGACUCAGCUCAGACCUCCUCGCCUCCUCUGCCUUCACGGGUCACUGUGACGAGUCUGAACUGACCGCUUUCCUCUCCGCUGCCAGAGAAACAGCCAGGAAGAAGAGACUGUUCUGGUCUCAGACUCGUUUGUGUUUCCUGUUGGGUAAACUGUGUGCUGGGAGGUCAAAGUUCAGCCAGGCUCGGGUCUACCUCGAGGAGGCUCUUAGUGUGCCAAGAGAAGGUUUCACAGACCUCAGGCUGCUGGCCAGCAUCUACUCCAACCUGUCAGCCAUCUACCUCCUCCAGAACAACCCUGAGAGCUUCUUCUGUGUGGCUGAGAGGCUGGCUGCGUUGCUGUUUGGGGUCCCGGACUGUCUUCAGAGCUUAGAGGACGACUGUGCUCUCAAAUAUGUCUUAAAGAAGACCAUCCUCUCUCACAACGCCAUGGCAGAGGCCCGGGCCUGUCAUCUUCUAGCAAAGCACUACUGGACCUGCUCUGAGGGGGCUCAGGUGGUCCCUUACCUGGAGAGACUCCUUGUUCUUGGUGCUGAGGCUGAGAGAACAUGGAGCAUCUCUCUCAGUCACGGGUACCUGACCCUUGGGAGGCUCUACAGCGAGCUGGGCCUCCCUCAGCUCUCCAUGAGUUCAGCAAGGAGAGCGUCUCUGCAGCCGUCUGCUGGGCUAACCGACUGUCUGAGCAGCAUGCUGCUCGCUUCAGACAACAUCAACAGACUGUGUGAGAGCUCAGGACAUCAAGCAUCCAUCCCCGCUCAGCUGGCUCCAUUUCUACACCACGCCCUCUCCUCCACCAAAGAUCUACAACCAGGACCCGAGCAGCACUGUGUCCUCAUCCACCAGCUCACCCUCUGUCUCUGUCAGCUCUUCUGCAAACACGGGAUGGUGGGACACGCCAUCUGCCACAUGCAUGCUCUCAUCAACAACAGACAGCUCCCCUCUUCACUCCCAGAGAGAAACAGCGCCCUCAUCUGGCUGGCAUGGCUUCACAUCAAGAACAAUCAGCCUGAGGUGGCUAUGGAGAUCCUGGACCUGCUGCUGGACUCAAUGCCAGAACACUGCACCACCCCUCAGGAAGGUGUAGUCAUGAACAUGCGGGGCAUAGCGCUGCGAUGCCUGGGUGACCUCCGGAGGGCAGCAGAGAGCUACGAGGCUGCUGUGGACAUUUGCCAGGAGUAUGAGGACAUGGCGAACUGGGCUGUGGCUCAGGCUAACCAGGGUCUGCUUAGUCUGAAGGCUGGAGCUAAAGGUCUGGCUCAGAGACACCUGACCGAGGCCGUACAGCUCUUCUCUGAGCUCCAUGAUGAAGGUCAUGAGGAGGACUUCAUCACCGUACUGCUGGAACUGGGUCAGCUCUGCAUGAAGCAGCAGCUGAUGCAUUAUGGGAAAGGAUGCUACGAAUGGGCUCUGCUGCUAGCUAUCAAAGCUAACCUGCCAGCCUGUCAACUGACCGCCACCGCACACCUGAUCCAUCUGUACGGCUCAGAGAGUCCAGACCAGGUCCAGAGUCUGGUCUACAGCCAGCACCAGGUCAAUCUGCUGGGGCGCUCUGGGGACAGAGGUCAGGAAGGGGAUGCUCUCGAGGCGGUCAGCAGACUAUACCUCAGCCUGGGGACAGCCAGGGCAUACCGGGCGGCACUGGAUCACACAAAGAGCAGUCUGGGUGUUUUCAUCGACCUGGGCUGGAGGGAGAAGGAGGCGUAUGGCUGGCUGCAGGCCGGAAAGAUCUACCACCUGCUGGAGCAGACAGAGCUGGUGGACCUGUACGUUCAGGCAGCUCAGGAUGUGGCUCUGAGCACAGGAGACACCAGGUUCAUCCUGAAGCUUCUGGAAGCUGCAGGAGACAUUUUCUUCAACAGCAGCCGAGAUAGAGACAAGGCCAUCACCUUCUACAGGGAUCGAGCUCUGCCCAUUGCAGCGAAGAGCGGCAGUGUUGGGUCUCGGCUGCGUCUGUGUAAUAAGCUGACUGAACUGAUGCUGUGUCUGAAGAUGUUUGAAGAAGCUGUGGAGUUUGCUCAGACGGCUCUAGACAUCAGCAUCACUCAGGGUGACCGUCUGAAUGAACGUGUGGCGUACCACCGUCUGGCCUCUCUCUACCACAGUUUGGACCAGUAUGAACUGGCUGAACACCACUACCUGAAGACCCUGACCCUGUGUCCGAGCCCCCUGCGGUUUGAUGAGGAAACCCUGUACUAUGUGAGGGUGUACCAGACGCUGGGAGACAUCAUCUUCUAUGACCUCAAGGAUCCAUUUGAUGCUGCAGGUUACUACCACCUGGCUCUGGCUGCAGCCAUGGAUCUGGGAAACAAGCAGUCUCAGCUGCAGCUGUGCACACGUCUCGCCACCAUCUACCACAACUUCCUGGCAGACCGCGAGCUCUCUCUCUUCUUCUACCAGAAGGCUCGGGCGUUCGCUGCAGAGCUGAACGUCAGGAGGGUUAACAUCUCACCUGAUCAGCAGCAGAGCGGCAGCUCACAGCUUCAGAUCACAGGACAAUAACAGAGGCGCUUUUCACUUAAUGCAAAACUUACAAAGAGCAAGAAAGCCUUAGAGAUGGCUGUAUGAAUGUUCUAUCAUGGUACAGAUACUUUACAUGAUGAAACUGAUACCAAAGAAACUCAGAUUUACUCCUCUGUCGGAAAACAGAGAAUCAGGCUGCUCAGUACUUUCAUCAGAUCAUCAAUGGCAUUAAAAAAACAGUUUCUAGGCUCAGUAGAUAUAAACCCACUUCACUAAGAAAUUCAUGUUUAACAGCGUCCUAGCUUUUUUUAAUUUAAUGGUUGUUUCAUAAACAUGUACUUGUUUCUACCCAGAACAAAGCUGAUCACUGAGCCACGGUAAAAAACACAGAGUCUGAGCAGAUAGAUUGAAACGCCACAGUAUCGUCUGUGUAGAGCUUUAGGUUUCAUUUCUUUUGGUACUGACCUGAUUUUAUCCUCUCUGUAUUUUGACCCAAUAAAAUAAUGCCAGAUAAAAUUAA